AUGACUUGUAAUCCAAAGUGGGUGGAAAUUCAAAGUGAAUUAUUUCCUGUUGAGAAGAGUCAUAAUAGAGCUGAUUUGUAUGCAAGAGUUUUUAGGGCCAAAAAUGAGGAACUAAAAAAGGAAAUUGUAAAAGACUCUUUGUUCGGGGUAGUUGCUGCUUAUUUUUAUGUGAUUGAAUUUCAAAAAAGAGGCCUUCCACAUGUUCAUUGGUUGAUAAUAUUGCAACCACGAUAUAAGGUAACUUCAACUGAGGCCUGUGAUCGAUUUGUAUCAGCUGAGAUUCCAGAUCUUGACCUGACUCCGCAUCUACAUUCUUGUGUUAUCAAUCAUAUGAUGCAUGGGCCAUGUGGUGAACUCAACCCAAAGAAUGCAUGCAUGAUAGGGGAAAAUUGCAAAAGUUAUUAUCCUAAAGAGUUUAAGUCAAACACUGAACAUCGGUUGGACUCAUACCCCGACUACAAGCGUAGAGAUGAUGGAAAAAAGGUUUUGGUGCGUGGCAAGUGGUUGGAUAACAGAUGGGUGGUCCCUUAUAAUGCUUAUUUGUUGGCAAAGUUUGAUUGCCAUAUUAACGUCCAGGUUUGUACGGAUGUUAGAUCAGUGAAGUAUCUUUACAAAUAUGUUUGUAAGGGUAAUGAUCAAAUAACAUACAAUAUUGUUGAUGUUGAAUCUACUGAGCCAAUAGAUGAGAUUUCUGAUUUUCAAAAGUCACGGUGGCUUUGUGCUCCGGAAGCUAUGUGGCGAAUUUAUGGAUUUGAUAUGUAUCCAUCAGUUUUGCAAUUACACGUUCAUUUGUCGGGGUAUCAGCAGGUUUUCUUUGCGGCCAACCAAUCUCUUCCAAAAAUUGUAGAUUCUGAUCGUGCUAACAAGACACAACUUACAGAGUUUUUUGAGAUGAAUAAAUUUGUUGAAGUUGCAGCACUAAAUUUAUUGUAUCGGGAAUUUGUUGAACAUUUUGUAUGGAGCUUACAAACUAGAAGGUGGACAUCGCGCUCUAGGUUAGGGACAAUCGGUAGACUUGUCUCGGUCAAUAUUAUAGAAGUGGAGCGUUUUUAUUUAAGGUUGUUGCUGAAUCAUGUUAGGGCUCCAACUUCUUUUGAAGAUUUGAGAACAUCAAAUGGCGUAUUGUUUUUGACCUUUCGUGAGGCAGCUCUUGAUAGAGGCUUGUUGGAUUCUGACAACGAUGUUAGGCAUGCGAUUCAGGAAGCUGCAACUUAUCAAAUACCGUUUGCUCUGCGAAAAUUAUUUGCGAUUAUACUUGUUUUUAAUUCCCCUUCUGAUCCCAAAAAUCUGUGGAUUGAAUUUAGAGAAGCUUUAUCUGCUGAUAUAAUACGGGAUUAUCUGUUAGACCAUGCAGAGGGUUAUCGGUUAUCUUUGAGGUCCAUUGAUUCUUUUUUGCAAAUGAUGGGUCAUGGGAUAGAUGAGUACUCUGUGGUUGAUUAUAUAGUUGGGUUGACUCGUGAAGAGAUAAAUAGUCGUGAGUUUGCAGCAGAAAUUAAUAUGCCGAUUGCAAAAUCUGAUUUAGCUUCGGUGGGUCGUUUUAAUGAAAGACAACGCUUUGCUUAUCUUGAGAUAAUGUCCAGUCUUGCUACACCUAUUCGGUCAGGCUUUUUCAUUGAUGGUCCUGGUGGCACUGGAAAGACAUUUUUAUAUAAAGCAAUCUUGGCCACUGUUCGUUCAACUGGUGACAUUGCUCUUGCAGUUGCUUCAUCUGGUGUUGCGGCUUCUUUGUUACCAAAUGGUCGAACAGCUCAUUCUAGAUUUAAAAUUCCGUUAAAUUUAGAUGAAUCUAUGUCAUGCUCGAUAAGCAAGAAUACUGCGACGGCAAAGUUAAUAAUUGCAGCCAAGCUAAUAUUGUGGGAUGAGGCAUCGAUGGCAAAUCGAAAGGCAGUUGAAGCAUUAAAUUUAUUGUUGCAAGAUUUGAUGGAAAACCAGUUAUUGUUUGGUGGCAAAACAGUUGUUCUUGGUGGAGAUUUUCGGCAAACUAUACCAAUUGUUUGA